AUGGGGUACUCAAACUUUAAUCUGCAGACAUGUCUCCUUCUGGACAAAUUAGUGACGACGAACCCUAAGUUACCCUCCGACGGAACAUGGUUGUAUUUUGUCAAAGCAUCGGAAUGUCCUAUAUCAUGGGAGAUGAAUGGGAAAAACAAAUAUUGCUUUGUGAAAAAUUCACUUCCUUGGACGUCUGCCAAGGAUAGCUGUAUUUCGAUGGGAGCACAUCUUCUUGCAAUAGAAACUGAAGCUGAACAAACCUGGAUUAAUGUCAAAGCCUCUGGUUACGCAUGGUGGAUCGGGGGAACAGAUACAAAUUCAGAAAACACAUAUUACUGGGAACACACUAAUGAUAUGAUGAACUUCUCAAACUGGGAUGAUGGUCAACCUAAUGGGGCCCAAGAUGAAAAUUGCGCACAUAGGUUUAGAAAGCCAUUGAAAACAAUCAUUUUUUUCCAAAUCAAAGCCUGUGUAGAUAAGAUAAACAACUGUGCAAACUAUGGGAGAACUUCCUGUCUUCACCCUUACGAGGAGUGGGCCCGAGAUAACUGUCCUCUAUAUUGUGGAAUAUGCAAUGGACCCCCCACAACCGAAACUCCCUGUGCUGACACUAGAGAUGACUGCGAUACUUAUGGAAAGAAUAUCUGUCAGGAUGUGAAGUACGCUCCCUGGGUACUGGAUAACUGUCGCUAUUACUGCAGACAGUGCACUGAUGGACAGCUAGCAGUUGCAGACUCCAAGACAACAACACUGCCCCCUCCUCCUUGUGUUAAUAAACUUGGAAACUGUGAAAGAUACGGUAAAGAUGUCUGUAACAACCCAUUGUAUGCUCCCUGGGCAAAGGACAAUUGCCGCUAUUUCUGCAGACAGUGCACAAGGGAGCAGUUGGAUAUUGCAGACUCAAAAACUACCACCACCACUGUUCGUCCUACACCAGGAUUGGCCUGUGUAGAUAUGGUACCUCACUGUGAUGUAUAUGGUGACAGUGUUUGUACCAGUGCCGAUUACCGAUCCUGGGCAGAAGCAAACUGUCGUGCUUAUUGCAAGAUCUGCACGCCAUCUGCAAGUGCAAAGCAAAUUGACGGAUUCCAGAUGGUUCCAGCGGGAAAAAGAGGAGUGGAAUGAUAAUACGAAGCCAAGUCAUACACUAUGUUCA